AUGAACAAGCAAGGAGAUCAAUCAACAAGGUGGAUUCUUGAUGGUGUUGAAGCUGAUAGAAUGGAUGAAGAAUCCAAAAACCACUUGCCACACAGAAGUCGAAAUGCAAAAUCGGGUAAUCUUGGGAAACAUUCUGGCAAUCUUGGGAUGCACACAAGUAAAAAUUCUUCUAGUCCUGGAACUUAUUCAGGCAACCUUGGACAAACACUCAAGAGGACAACAAGUCAGUUUGGAGGAUCUAUAUGGAAAACUACAAGCAAUGCUUUGAGGAUAAGUAGUGUUCUAACUCCUUCACCGCCCCCACCACCUCGUCGUCGUCCUGAAAGAGUUGAAAGGACGGCUUCAGCUGCUGCAAGAGGGCUUAAGGGCCUCAGGUUUCUUGAUAGAACAAUGACAGGCAAAGAAAUGGAUGCAUGGAGGUCAAUUGAAAAUCGUUUCCAUCAAUUUGCAGUUGACGACAGGCUCCCCAAGGAAAAAUUUGGAAUAUGCAUUGGGAUGGGAGAUUCAAAGGAAUUUGCAGGAGAAGUUUUCGACGCCAUUGCAAGGCGAAAGAAUAUAGACACCACCAAUGGAAUAACAAAGGAUGAAGUUAAGUUGUUUUGGGAAGAUAUGACCAGACAAGAUCUUGAUGCUAGGCUACAAAUCUUCUUUGACAUGUGUGACAAGAAUGGGGAUGGAAAGCUAUCAGAGGAUGAGGUGAAGGAGGUCAUACUUUUGAGUGCAUCGGCGAAUAAGCUCACGAAUCUUAACCAACAAGCGGCAACAUAUGCAGCUUUAAUCAUGGAAGAACUCGACCCAGAUCAUCUUGGCUACAUAGAGAUGUGGCACCUAGAAAUUCUACUAAGAGAAAUGGUGAACAAUGAUGAGAGCGUGCACAAGCUGAAAAAAGCAAAUACACUCACAAGAGCAAUGAUCCCAAGAAGAUACAGAACUCCACUCAGCAAAACUUUCUCUUUAGCUACAGAAUUCAUAUAUGAGAAUUGGAUGAGAAUCUGGGCAAUCAAUAUUUGGUUAUUCAUCAACUUUCUACUUGUGUUGUGGAAAUUUGAGGAGUAUGUGCAUUCCCCCACGUUCAAAAUCACUGGUUAUUGUGUCUGCAUAGCCAAAGCUGCUGGGGAGACACUCAAAUUCAACAUGGCUCUUAUUCUUGUUCCUGUUUGUAGAAGAACACUGACUAAUCUUAGAUCAACAUGUCUAAGUAAAGCCAUUCCUUUUGACGAUAAUAUAAAAUUUCACCAGAUAAUUGCAACUGCUAUCUCAAUUGGAACUCUUAUGCAUGUUAUGGCACAUUUGACUUGUAAUUACCCACGGUUGAGUUCAUGUCCCAAACUCAAAUUCAUGAUCUAUCUUGGACCAGUGUUAGGCUACCAACAGCCAACUUAUGGAGGCUUGAUGCUCACUACAGUAAGCAUUACUGGGGUUGCUCUAACACUUAUAAUGGCUGUCUCAUUUACACUGGCCACACACUAUUUCAGAAGAAAUAUUGUCAAGCUGCCUGGUGUUUUUCACCGUUUGGCUGGGUUCAAUUCCUUCUGGUAUGCUCAUCAUUUUCUGAUUUUGGCAUAUGUCCUCCUCAUUCUUCAUGGCUACUACCUAAUUUUCCCAAAACCAUGGUAUCAAAAGACGACAUGGAUGUAUCUCGUUGCUCCAUUACUGCUUUAUGCCGGUGAGCGACUCUUUUCGGGAUAUCAAGAACAUAAUCAUCAAGUUAAUGUCGUAAAGGCCGUGAUAUAUUCUGGAAAUGUUCUGGCACUCUACAUUACCAAGCCUCAAGGAUUCAAGUACAGAAGUGGAAUGUACCUCUUUGUCAAGUGUCCUGAUAUCUCCAAAUUCGAAUGGCAUCCAUUCUCCAUAACUUCUGCUCCAGGAGAUGAUUACUUGAGUGUUCAUAUUAGGACCUUGGGAGAUUGGACUACAGAGCUUAAAAGUAUAUUUGAAAAGGUGUGUGAGCCCCCUCCAUCUGAUAAACAACAGCCAAAAAGAGGAAAUCUAAAGAGAAUUGAAACUAGGGCAUUAUCAACCGCAAACUAUGAUGAGAUACAAGCAACAUUUCCACAGAUCCUCAUCAAGGGACCAUUUGGAGCCCCAGCUCAAAGCUACACACAAUAUGACAUCCUCUUGCUUAUAGGUCUAGGAAUUGGAGCAACUCCAUUUAUCAGCAUUGCAAAGGAUCUCCUUUAUCAAAUAAAGCAAAACAAUUUGGGGCCGGGUAAAUCAGUGGAACCAGCUAGAAAGUGUGCUGAAAGAGCUUACUUUUAUUGGGUAACCAGAGAACAAGCCUCCUUUGAAUGGUUUAAGGGUGUUAUGGAUGAUAUAGCAGAAUUCGACCGUAAUAAUGUGAUAGAAAUGCACAAUUAUUUGACAAGUGUAUAUGAACAAGGAGAUGCAAGGUCUGCUCUUAUUGGCAUGGUGCAGCAAUUGCAACAUGCAAAGAAUGGAAUCGAUAUCGUCUCUCAAAGCCGGAUAAAAACCCAUUUUGCAAGACCCAACUGGAGAAAGGUAUUAUCUCAAUUGGCAAGCACUCAUCCAGCUUCCCGAAUAGGUGUGUUCUACUGUGGAAGUUCAACUCUUGCCAAACCACUGAAGAAGCUUUGUCAUGAAUUCAGUUUAGAUUCAACAACUCGCUUCGAAUUUCACAAGGAAAAUUUCUGA